CUCGACAUUUCCUUAUUGCACUACUUCCUUGCUUCCCUUCAGCAGUCGAGUUGUCGAAGGUUUGAUGUUGCGUUAAGAGUAUUUAAAUUUUUGUCUCUGUACAGAAUACACUGGUCUCAGAAGUCCGAUCGAUUGGCAGUAUAGUGCACGAUGUCUUCGCUUCCCCCUGUUUAUAUUGUUUCCGCGGCCCGGACUCCUGUGGGCUCAUUUUUGGGAUCUCUGUCGAGCCAGACUGCCCCACAGCUAGGUUCUCAUGCUAUCAAAGCUGCCCUCAACAAAGCCGAUGGAAUCAAGCCAUCGGACGUUCAGGAGGUAUUCUUUGGUAACGUUCUCUCCGCAAAUGUUGGCCAAAAUCCUGCCAGGCAGUGUGCUCUUGGGGCUGGACUUGAAGAGUCGACGGUGUGUACCACGGUCAACAAGGUCUGUGCUUCCGGUCUGAAGGCUGUCAUUCUUGGAGCCCAAACAAUCAUGACUGGUAACGCAGAUGUUGUUGUGGCUGGUGGCACCGAGUCCAUGUCGAAUGCUCCCCACUACCUCCCCAAUCUUCGCUCUGGUGCCAAAUACGGCCACCAGAACUUGGUGGACGGCAUCAUGAAAGACGGCUUGACCGAUGCAGGCAAGCAGGAACUCAUGGGUUUGCAAGCUGAAGAAUGCGCACAAGAUCACAAUUUGAGCCGGGAACAGCAGGACAACUAUGCCAUCCGGACCUAUGAGAAAGCCCAGGCUGCACAGAAAGCCGGUCUUUUCGAUGAUGAAAUCGCGCCUGUUGAACUGCCCGGGUUCAGGGGCAAGCCGGGUCUUACGGUGUCCCAGGACGAGGAACCAAAGAAUCUCAACCCCGAUAAGCUUCGGGCUAUCAAGCCUGCUUUUAUCCCAGGGUCAGGAACCGUGACAGCCCCUAACUCUUCUCCUCUGAAUGACGGGGCUGCGGCUAUCGUUUUGGUCUCGGAAGCAAAGGUGAAAGAGCUGAACCUCAAGCCUAUCGCUAAAAUUCUCGGAUGGGGAGAUGCUGCUCACCAGCCUAGUAAAUUUACCACUGCCCCGGCUCUCGCGAUACCAAAGGCACUCAAACAUGCAGGCAUCGCCCAGGAUACUGUCGAUGCAUUUGAGAUCAACGAAGCCUUUAGCGUGGUUGCUCUCGCCAACAUGAAGCUGCUUAACAUCCCUGAAGAGAAGGUCAAUAUCCACGGUGGGGCCGUUGCUAUCGGCCACCCUAUUGGUGCUAGUGGUGCCCGUAUCCUGACUACUUUGCUUGGUGUUCUCAAAGCUCAGAAGAAGAAGAUUGGCUGUGUAGGAAUUUGCAAUGGUGGGGGUGGUGCGAGCGCCAUGGUUGUGGAGUCAAUUGUUUAACACGCCGAUCUCUAGGUCCGGCAAGUGACUUGAUCCCAUGGUAAUCGUUAUUUGGAAAGGAGACCACAUUGGGCAAAUCCACAGUGAAGGGUUCAUAAUAUACACUUUCUAAUCACAUACUGGUUAAGGUGCUAGACGUCAUAUAACACAACGUACUUUACAAAAACAUAAUUAGAAGUUAUACAAGUCCU